GUCACUUCGUGAAAAGAUCAUCAAAGAAAGAGCAAGCGAGCUGAAAACGAGUAAUAAAUUUUUAAGAGUUUUGGUUCAUGUACAUACCUAUUCAAUUUAUUAUUUUCCGUAUACUAAGUAAUUUUUUUAGUAUUCAGUAAUUAGGACAAACUUGACAUACAUAGUUUUAUUUAUAAUUUAUUUCAAACCAAUAUAUUUAAGGCUUCAAUCAGAUAUAUUUUAUUUAUUAAGAAUGGAAGCCAACUUACCUCAAAAUUUUUCAUUAAUUUGUGGGGAAUUGUGUAAUCUAUUGUAUACAAAAGAAUAUAAUAAAUCUAAUGUGAAUUCUCUUCUCGACGAAUUGAAUUCAAAACCUUAUAAAGGUUAUUUGUUCGUUCGAAAACAAGAUGCCACUACCUUGGUGACUGCUUUAUCUCUUAAUAUUAGACCAGCAGACGAAUUUUUGGCUGCAAAAACAUCACAUUUGGUCAACAGCAUCAUAUCUAAACAAAAUUUACAAUUUGAAGCUGAAUAUUUAUGGAAAGUUAUUUCGUGGCACAUUCAGUGUUUAAAAAAAUGUUCUGAUAUUAUACUGCCCGACAUUCUUCAUAACAUGCAAUGUAUUUUGCAGAUAAGCCCUCUAGCAGGUAAUAAGUAUAUAGAAGAACUGCUUGGAGAAGAUGGAGUUCUCACAAAUCUUAUAGACAGAGAUUUAUCUAAUCAGAGUACUCUACAAAUAUCUUUGAUUGCCCUAAAAUGUAUAUCUUGUUGUAUCACCACAGAUGACACCAAAACUGAGGCUAUUGUUUCAGUUGAUGUGAGACAGAAAAUAUCACAACUAAUGAUUAACUUGUUGAUGAGGGAUUUUUGUAAAAAGCAGGAUGAGUUUUUAUAUUGUAAGGUGAUAAUAUCUGCAUUGAGGGUGCUUUCCCAACUGUAUUUCAAUGAGCAAAAAGUGUUGAUCCCAUUGCCUGAAGUAAUUGGAAUUUGUCGUUAUUUUAUACUUUAUGGUCUUGUUAUACAAAGCUCAAGGCCUGAGAAGAUAAUGCCGUCCCAGCAGACCAUAGCUGUGCCACCUGUUAAAAUUGCUCCCAAGGGAGGAAAGAAACAAAAAAUAAGAAAGCAGAGGAAUAAUGCUAUAGAGAGUUUGAAGAAAGAGAUUCCUGUAUCUGAUCGCAGUUUGAUGAAAGAUGUAGACAAUUUCGAAAAUAAUACUGCUUAUAAGCCGGUUUCCACUAACUACUUGGAGCCGCAGAAGGCUAAAAAUGGCUGGGUACUGACAAGUGAUUCUGACAUGUCCGAUGUGGAGAAUAGCAGGGAAUCUAAGCUUAUUGCUUUGAAGUCUAGAGUGAGACAGAGUGCGUCUAAUCUUCUGCUUGUCUUGGUGAAGAUAUCAGAAAAGAAAGACAUGUUUGGUUACUGGUGGGCUCUACUUCCGGAUUCCCCAGACGAAGCCAACUGGUCAACCCAUGAGCCAGCCAAGAAGAGCCUAGCGUAUUGUGCGGUCACUGACCCCAUAGCUAACAGCAGAGCCAGUGUGUUGAGUGUCAUACUUGCCAUGUUAUCUGGUUCUAGGGUGUACUUGUCUCAGGCUGAAUCUAGCAAAAAUGAUGGAGCUUUCAUACCAUUCUCCGUCUCGCUCGGCUACGUGAUCAACUGCAUGCACAAAGCCCUUGUCAGCAUCUUGGGCAACGAGCGGAGUCAUACAGUAAUCAUCAUGGCGCUCAAGUGCUGCGCGGCUCUGCUGCAAGCCACGCCUUACCAUAAGAUGAGGCCAGGGCUGAUUGGGGAACUUGUGAAAACAACCAGAAGGUUUCUGGUCCAUAGAGAUGUAACUUUACAAGUUGGGGCUCUAAUAACAAUGGGAUGUGUCUUGUCAGUGGAUCCAAAAAUCGAUGAAAUUCUCAAAUCGAUUCAGAAAGAUGCAGUACCCACUAAAAUAAGUGUAAAUAGCUGCAAACAGAAUGCUGAUUGCGAUGAUUUUGAAGAAGGAUAUUCUGAUGAUGAUAUGUUUGUUGAGGAUGAAGUAGUAAAAGUUGAGGAAAGCGAUGUGAAUCUGUACCAUUUUAAUAGUUGGAUAUUAGAUAUCUGUUUUAGAAAUAUGGGUUGGAUUUUCCGAGGAGAUAAAGUAACUCGAUGCAAGCCAUCAGCGAUCCCAGUGAUACAGGAAUCUCUACAAGUAGUCUCAGCCGUAGCCUUCCACCACCUGCCAGAGCUGCUGCUACCUCACCUGCCGGUGGUAGCGGACGUGCUGUGCGAAAUGCUGCAACACGAACACCAGGACGUGGUGCUGCAAGCUGCCAGGACCACCAGUAUCCUGGGGGAUGCUCUACAGAAGUUGGAACAACUAGAUUCGCCGCCGCCUCUAAACCAGUGUGUGUAUCUGUGGGAGAAGCUAUUGCCGCCUCUGUCGAUGAGCUUGCAGUGUGAUGAGAACUCUGCGAAAGCGGUUGUAUGCGAUUGUAUCGCGAACGUCGGCGCAAGGGCAUUUAAAGAGCUGCCUAGUCGGACUCAGGUCCUAUGUUGUGCGUUGCUGGUGGGGUCGUGCAGCGAUACGGAGGCUGCGGUGCGGGCGGCGGCCGUGCGGGCGCUGGCCAUGCUGGUCAUGUACCGCACACUCAGAGAGGACAUAUGUUUCGUAAGUGAUUGCGGUGAGAAUAUACUGCGUGCCCUGGCAGAGCCUACUUUGGUGGUCCGCACCAAAGCUGCUUGGGCUCUGGGUAACCUUAGUGAUGCUCUGGUUUUGAACAUGGAAGAACCUGAGAUCGAUAACGUGGACGAUGAUCUCUUACGCCGUCUGCUGGAGGUCAGCGUGCAGUGCGCCGGCGAUAACGAUAAGGUUAAAAUGAGUGCGACGCGAGGCCUGGGCAACUUCCUCAGACUAAUAACAAGCGACUUUCUGUCACGCAACACGCAAAUAAAGGCCUUAUGCGAAUCAGCUAUAGAGAAGCUUUUGGAAUGCUCAUGCAAGGUCAGCAAUAUGAAGGUGCGAUGGAACGCUUGCUACGCCUUAGGGAACGCUAUGAAGAAUGAAUAUCUUUUCACAUGUUUUAGUGGGUGGCAGAGGCAAGUGUUUCCGAGUCUAUGCACUUUAUGCCUGGAAUGCAAGAAUCUAAAAGUGCGCAUCAACGCAGCAGUCGCUUUGCGAGCGCCAAGCACGCGCGAGCACUACGGCGAACAGUUCGCGAACACGUGGCGGGGCAUCAUGGCCGCCAUGGAGAAUGCAGCUAAUGUUGAUGACUUCACCGAGUAUAAGCAUAAGGACAACCUUAUCGAACAGCUAUGCGUGACCCUGGCGCAUAUGUGUUGCCAGCUCUCUCCAUCAGACCUCAGCGACAUUCUAGACCCAUUGGUUUUCCACUACGAGUGCGCGAAGUCUCUUUACACCCAGCUAUGUCAUAGACUACUCCCUGAGAACACUUCCUGUGUGAAAAUACUUCAGGCUGCGAAGUAUGUGACGAUGGACCUGACAGCUAGCAGUCAGCCGCAACAGCAGGCAUUGGCGUUAUUGCAAGAUAUAUUUAUAUGGGAUAUGUAGUGGUAUAGUAUUUUCUUAAUAAGAGGAAGUCGAUAAAGUCCCAUGUCUCAUCUAUUCAACCACGGGAAGCCGAACGCGGGAGUCGAAUCCACUAAAACCACAACUUAAUAGGGUAACUGCCUGUGUAUAAAAUAAAAUGUAUAG